UCUAUAUUGAACAAAAUGCUUUAUCAUCAAUUGCUGGAUCCAGAACUAAGAGAGUUUAAAAUUUCACUGGAAUAUCACUACUCCACCUUCAGGUUAGGAGGGCUCAUCCUAGGGUAUGAAGAUGUUAAAGUCUUCUCUGGAUCUGGACAGCUUUACUCAACAAAUCCUUAUGUACAUCUGUCUAUUAGUGCUGUAUUUUAUGUAUUUGCUCCAACCAAAGGACUGCUAAUUGAAGGUGUUGUAAACAAAGUCACUCCACACAUGGUGAGUUUCUUGGCCUACAACAAGUACAACAUCAUCUAUCGCAUUCAUCAAGUGAAGCAAGAACUUCAACUCCAGAGGUCAUGUAUGAAGAAAUCAGAAGCCUAUCAGAGCCUCAAGUCAGUCUUGAAGCACCUGCAGGAUCUCAGUUUGAUUGAAGGCACUCGUUGUACUCUACUCUUACAAGAAGUUGGUCUCAGAGACUUCCUUCCCCAAUUACUGGGGCAUCCAGUGCCUGAUGGGUUUGAUGUUUCCAUACUGGAUGCUAGUAACUUGCAGCCUUUAUCUGAUGCCAACAAAAAACGAGUUCGUUUCCAUGAAGAUGGGGACUUCAGCAGUGGCGCAACCGAUUCAGACUGUCUGACGUCCCAUGAGGAAGGUUAUUCAUCAGGCGACCUGUGUAGUCAGCUGUCCGAUUCUAGUGUAUCACGCAGCUUCUCUAAGAGUCAUAAGAAGGAGAGGCAGAAGCAAGAUUCCCCCAAUAAAGAUGUCUCUACUCCAGUCCCGUUUCUCAAAAACAUGAAACAAGAAAAUCCUUCACCUGAUAUCUCGUGUGAGUUGAAUGCAUCUCAAGACUCGAUGACACCAAGUGAAACUCGCACCAAAAAGAAGAGAAAGCGAGGACAUGAAGCAAAUGGUGAUGCAGUUGAUUUCAAGGAGCUCACAGAGACAAAGAUAGAGAGAAGCGAUGAUGACAAAGAUCAGAAGAGUUUGAUAAAUGAAAGUGACCUCAUGGAUUCCAACGGCAAGAAAUCCAAGAAAAGGAAGAGGAGAGACUGACAUUUGUUGGGAUAUAAUUAAGGUGGCGGAUCCCGUAGUUUGCCGUACAGCUCUCAAGAUCCAACAAAUACACGAGCAGAACAACUGUUUUUUAAACCGAAAUUUGUCACUAAAUGUUAAAGUUUAUUCAACUCAACGAAUUGACUGAAUACUUAAUUAUAACGCUACAUAUUAUGAAAAUAGGUUAAAUAUCCUCUCAUUUUACAUAGCAUAUUGGAAUUUAGAGGACUAACUAUUGAAUGAUGUGUUGAAUGUAUUUUAUGUGCCAAGAUUGAUACCUCUUGCUGGGC